UAGUUAUUAGUUAGUUUAUUAGUUUCGUUGGUUGAGUCUAUAUAAAUUCCUCCUUAUAAAUUAUUAAGUAUAGUAUUUUCGUUGUCUAUUGUUUCUUUUCUUUAUCGUUUCAUCAAGGGUUAAGUGGCAAUCAUGAAAAUCUAUCCAAAUGCUGAUGUCUGGUUCUACGUGGACAAACCAGGUUGUUGGGGCAAGUAUGAGAAAUAUGCGCCGCAUCACAGCUGGAAAUCGCCGGUUAAGCCCUUCACGCCAAAGGUCAUGUACCAUUGGCGCGACCUCAGCGGCGUCAAGAAGGCAGAGAUAAAGACAAAAGAUCUCUACUUUGAAAACUGGCCGAAGUCGCGAAUUCGUGCACAAGCCUGCUUGGGCAUGCUCUAUGCAACCGGCUAUCGUUUCAUUAAGCUCAGCAUGGCACCACCGGCUGGUUUUAAGUGUGCACCACUUCCUGUCAAUUUGGCCGGUGCGCACAUGGUCAACGAUCGCUUAAGGGCAUUAAAAAAAGAAGCUAAAAAGGCAAAGAAUGCCGCCAAAAAGGCAGCCUUGGCAGCUAAGAAGGCUAAUCUCGCUUUUAGUAAUAGAGGCAAAAGGCGAGCAAGAGGCUGAUCGGGAAGAAACUCAAGGAAAGAGCAUGUAAAUUAUUUCAUAUUUCUCUAGUGGCAAUAAACCUGAUUCAG